AUGAGUCAACAACUCAGUCAAAUCAUCAUUGAUUUAAUAAAACAACGUGGUUUUACUGACUAUGAUUCACAAUGUGUGACUCUUCUACAAACAUGUUUAAUUGAUUUUUAUAAUGAUUUACUCAUACGUUUUAAACAACAUUUUGAAUCAAUUGGUUCUUCAAUUACUAUACAGGAUGCUUUUCAAAGAACAUUAAAUGAUGUUAUGUCAAUCAAUUUACGAGAACUACAUAAUUAUAUGAAAAAUAAACAUUAA